UCUUCGUUACCGACCUCACCUCACUCUCUUUUCGCUCCCCACCCUCUCUCCUUUCCCUCCCAUUCCUCCCAAUAUCCAUUACAGGAAGAGAAAAGAAAAGAAAAGAAAGAAAAAAAACCAAAAAAAAAAAGAAAGAGCGAGAUGAGGUUGCUCCUCCUCCUUCUCUUUCUUCUCCUCCACAUUUCCCACUCCUCCGCCGCACGACCCGUCUCCGAGUUUCGCGCGCUUCUCGCCGUUAAAUCCUCCUUUACCGGACCUCAAUCUUAUCUCUCCAACUGGAAUACUACCUUUUGCUCAUUCACCGGAGUCGCGUGCGACUAUACCGGUCGUCAUGUGACAUCCAUCGACCUAUCUAACUUCAACCUGUCCGGAACUCUUUCCCCUUCCUUUUCCCAGCUGCGUUUCCUCCAAAGCCUUUCCCUCGCAGCCAACCAGCUUUCCGGUCCAAUCCCGACGGAACUCGCCGCUCUUUCCGCUCUCCGCUACUUCAACCUAUCCAACAAUGUUUUCAAUGGCUCUUUCCCUUCCCAACUUUCCCAACUCAAAAAUCUCCAAGUCCUCGAUUUAUACAACAACAACAUGACGGGAGAGUUACCGAUUUCCGUUACUGAGCUUCCCAAUUUACGCCACUUACAUUUGGGAGGAAACUUUUUUAGCGGUCAGAUCCCGUCAAGCUACGGCCGCUGGGAGUUUCUGGAAUAUUUAGCCGUUUCGGGUAACGAACUCGAUGGUAAAAUUCCACCGGAAAUCGGUAACUUGACCAAGUUGCAGCAGUUGUACAUUGGUUAUUACAAUAGUUUUGAAGGUGGUUUGCCUCCGGAGAUCGGAAACUUGUCCGAACUCGUUCGUUUCGACGCUGCUAACUGCAUGUUAUCCGGCGAAAUACCACCAGAAAUCGGCAAGUUACAGAAGCUCGACACGUUGUUUCUUCAAGUCAAUGCACUCUCCGGUUCCUUAACUCCCGAGCUGGGAACCUUAAAAAGCUUGAAAUCAAUGGAUUUAUCGAACAAUAUGCUCGCCGGAGAGAUGCCGGAGAGUUUCGCCAACCUCAAAAACUUGACACUUCUAAAUCUCUUCAGAAACAAGCUUCAUGGACAGAUUCCAGAGUUCAUUGGUGAGUUGCCUGAGUUGGAGGUUCUACAGUUAUGGGAAAAUAACUUCACGGGAAGUAUUCCUCAGGAGCUGGGAAGUAAUAAGAAGCUUCAGCUUCUAGAUCUUUCGUCGAAUAAGUUAACGGGGACUUUGCCGCGGGAUAUGUGUUCCGGCUACACGUUGCAUACGUUGAUUACUUUGGGGAAUUUCCUGUUUGGUCCAAUUCCGGAAUCGUUGGGGAAAUGUGAGUCACUCAGUCGCAUUCGAAUGGGGGAAAAUUUUCUCAACGGAUCAAUUCCGAAAGGCCUUUUCGGGUUACCUAAGCUUACUCAAGUUGAAUUGCAAGAUAACUAUUUAACCGGGGAGUUUCCUGUUACUGAAUCUUCUAUUUCGGCGAAUCUUGGGCAAAUUAGUUUAUCAAACAAUCAGCUUUCGGGGGCUUUACCGGCUAGUGUCGGUAACUUUUCAGGUGUUCAGAAGCUUCUUCUUGAUGGGAACAAGUUUUCGGGUCGAAUCCCAGCUGAGAUUGGGAAGUUACAACAACUUUCAAAGAUGGAUUUUAGUCAUAACAAGUUUUCAGGUACGAUUGCCCCGGAAAUUAGCAAAUGCAAGCUGUUAACGUUUGUUGAUCUUAGUCGAAACGAGCUUUCCGGUGAGAUUCCCACUGAGAUCACAGGUAUGAGGAUAUUGAACUACCUGAAUCUGUCAAGAAAUCAUCUUAUUGGUAGCAUUCCUUCAUCAAUAGCUACUAUGCAAAGUUUAACUUCAGUUGAUUUCUCAUAUAACAAUCUUUCUGGUUUGGUUCCGGGCACUGGUCAGUUUAGUUAUUUUAACUACACCUCAUUUUUGGGGAAUCCUGAACUAUGCGGCCCUUAUUUGGGGCCUUGUAAAGAUGGGGUUGCUAAUGGAACUCAUCAAACUCAUGUCAAAGGUGGACUCUCAGCUUCUUUGAAGCUUUUGCUUGUUAUUGGGUUACUUGUGUGCUCGAUUUUGUUUGCAGUCGCGGCUAUAAUCAAAGCAAGAUCUUUGAAGAAGGCCAGUGAGUCUCGCUCGUGGAAGUUAACUGCUUUCCAGCGCUUGGAUUUUACCUGUGAUGAUGUUUUGGAUUGUUUGAAGGAGGAUAACAUUAUUGGAAAAGGAGGUGCUGGGAUUGUGUACAAGGGAGCUAUGCCUAAUGGUGAUCAGGUUGCAGUUAAAAGGUUACCGGCGAUGAGCCGAGGAUCUUCUCAUGAUCAUGGAUUCAAUGCUGAGAUACAGACUCUGGGGAGGAUUAGGCACAGGCACAUUGUGAGGCUGUUGGGUUUUUGCUCAAAUCAUGAGACAAAUCUCUUGGUCUAUGAGUAUAUGCCGAAUGGGAGUUUAGGAGAGGUUCUUCAUGGCAAAAAAGGGGGUCAUUUGCACUGGGAUACGAGAUAUAAGAUCGCAGUUGAGGCUGCUAAGGGGCUCUGCUACCUUCAUCAUGAUUGCUCCCCUUUGAUAGUCCAUCGAGAUGUGAAAUCGAACAAUAUCCUCCUUGACUCUGAGUUUGAAGCACAUGUUGCUGAUUUUGGCCUUGCCAAAUUUCUGCAAGAUUCAGGCACAUCUGAAUGCAUGUCUGCUAUAGCUGGUUCAUACGGUUACAUUGCUCCAGAAUAUGCCUACACGCUUAAGGUGGAUGAGAAGAGUGAUGUGUACAGUUUUGGUGUAGUCCUCUUAGAGCUUGUUAGUGGCAGAAAACCAGUGGGUGAAUUUGGCGAUGGUGUAGACAUAGUUCAAUGGGUUCGAAAAAUGACAGAUUCAAACAAGGAAGGGGUUCUCAAAAUCCUUGAUCCCAGACUCCCUUCAGUGCCUCUCCAUGAGGUGAUGCACGUAUUCUAUGUAGCGAUGCUCUGUGUCGAAGAACAAGCUGUAGAGAGACCUACAAUGAGGGAAGUGGUUCAAAUUCUAACAGAACUCCCAAAACCACCCAACUCAAAGCAGGGAGAUUUCACAGUCUCAGAGUCAUUACCAUCCCCAGGAACAAGUUUAGACUCUCCUAAUGCAACAACAAAGGACCAGAAAGACCAGCAACAGCCUCCGGCACCUAAAUCACCGCCGCCUGAUCUUCUUAGCAUUUAAAGUUGUUUUUUGCUUGGAGGGAUUGGCUUGUGCUCUAAAUUUCAUGAAUUGUGCUAGUUACUACUGUGUUUUUUUAUUUAUCUUUUGGGGGGUUUUCUCUAACUUUAAGGUGUUUAAACGUUUGAAGGGUUUUUUUUUCCUUUUUAAUUUUGUACAGUAGGAUUGGUGGGGGGUAUUUUAUUAUAAAAGCUUUUGUCUUCAUCAUGCUGUACUGGCUGCAAAUGCCGCUGCUUCACCCCUC